CAAACCUGUCCUGCCUGAAGGAUGCCUAAGUGCGGGGAGGAUUCCAGCUAACAUUGGCUUUCCAGUUGGGAAGAGGCUACAACCCCUGCGAGCUCUUGCACUCUGACAGCCACAACGAUUCUGAGCUACUUGCAUCUUGUGUUCAUACCACUUUUCCUUUUCAUCCAAGCACCUUACUUCAGUAUAUAUCUUCCUGCCUGAGAGAUCCUUUGCUCCACUAGAGCAGGGAAGGAAUAAACUCACAAAAAUGGGAAAGAAAAGGUCUGACAUUUACUCGGUCGAGAUCCAUGGCACACAGGAUCUGGAGAAAACAGACAAGGAAGAUGAAGAGGAAAAGUACAAAGACCUGAAAGGCAACAAGAAAAAAAGCAAGAAGACAGAUGACCUUAAGAAAGAACUGGACUUGGAUGACCACAAACUCAGCAAAGAAGAGCUGGAGGAAAAAUACACUACAAGCAUCAGCAAGGGUCUCACUAGUGCAAGAGCAGCAGAGAUUCUGGCCCGAGAUGGUCCCAACGCUCUCACUCCUCCUAAAUCCACUCCUGAAAUCAUUAAGUUCCUCAAGCAGAUGGUGGGAGGGUUCUCCAUCCUCUUAUGGGUGGGGGCUUUGCUCUGCUGGAUUGCCUUUGGGAUUCAGCUUGCUCAAGGUGUUGCUUCAGCAUUUGACAAUCUGUACUUGGGAGUAGUCCUCGCUUUGGUUGUCAUCCUCACCGGUAUCUUCGCUUACUACCAAGAGGCUAAAAGUACCAACAUCAUGGCCAGCUUCAGUAAAAUGAUUCCACAGCAAGCUCUUGUCAUCCGAGAUGGAGAGAAGAAGGAAGUGCCUGCAGAGCAGCUAGUGGUGGGGGACAUGGUGGAGAUUAAAGGUGGAGAUCGGAUCCCAGCUGACAUCCGUCUGAUCUUUUCUCAGGGGUGUAAGGUGGAUAAUUCCUCUCUCACGGGGGAAUCAGAACCACAAAGCCGUUCCUGCGACUUCACCCAUGAAAACCCCUUGGAGACUAAGAACAUUGCAUUCUAUUCUACAACCUGCCUGGAAGGGAACCAAUCCCACACGGUGGUGAUAACCUCUCCUUUUCUUCCAGGUACUGCCACUGGCAUGGUAAUCAACACUGGGGAUCACACUAUCAUCGGGCGCAUUGCCUCACUGGCAUCCGGAGUUGGGAAUGAGAAAACACCCAUUGCUAUUGAGAUUGAGCACUUUGUGCAUAUUGUGGCAGGAGUGGCUGUUUCUAUUGGGGUUCUCUUCUUCAUCAUUGCUGUGUCCAUGAAAUACAAGGUUCUGGACUCCAUCAUCUUUCUCAUUGGCAUCAUUGUGGCCAAUGUGCCCGAAGGACUGCUAGCCACCGUUACUGUGAGUUUGUCUCUGACAGCCAAGCGAAUGGCAAAGAAGAAUUGCCUGGUAAAGAACUUAGAAGCUGUGGAAACGCUGGGCUCGACCUCCAUCAUCUGCUCUGACAAGACAGGGACCCUCACACAGAACAGGAUGACUGUUGCCCAUCUUUGGUUUGACGAUCAGAUCUACUCGGCUGAUACCAGUGAAGAACAAACAACCCAGUCCUUUGAUCAAAGUUCUCAAUCAUGGGCAACUUUAUCAAAGAUCGUAACCCUCUGCAACCGAGCCGAAUUCAAACCAGGACAGGAGAACGUUCCAAUAAUGAAGAGAGUUGUGGUGGGUGACGCCUCAGAAACAGCCCUGCUGAAAUUUGCUGAAGUAAUCUUGGGUGAUGUAAUGGGCAUUAGAAAACGGAACAGAAAAGUGGCCGAAAUUCCUUUCAAUUCUACUAACAAAUUCCAGCUCUCAAUCCAUGAGACCGAAGACCCCAAUGAUAAACGCUUCCUGCUGGUGAUGAAAGGAGCCCCAGAGAGGAUCCUAGAGAGAUGCAGCACCAUCAUGAUCAAUGGCGAAGAACAGCCACUGGAUAGAGAGAGGGCUGAGGCUUUUCAGACGGCAUACAUGGAAUUGGGAGGCCUGGGAGAGAGAGUGCUGGGCUUCUGCCAUUUGUACCUGCCAGAGGAUGAGUUUCCAGACACCUACCCCUUUGAUACAGACUCCAUGAACUUCCCCACCUCCAACCUGUGCUUUGUAGGACUCUUAUCCAUGAUUGACCCACCUCGCUCCACCGUGCCAGAUGCCGUGUCAAAGUGCCGCAGUGCUGGGAUCAAGGUUAUCAUGGUCACUGGCGAUCAUCCAAUCACAGCAAAAGCAAUUGCCAAGAGUGUAGGCAUCAUUUCCGCCAACAGCGAGACCGUGGAAGAUAUUGCCAAGCGCCUCAAUGUUCCAGUCGAGCAAGUCAAUAAACAGGAUGCUAGAGCUGCUGUAAUUAACGGAAUGGAGCUUAAGGAUAUGACCGCAGAGCAGCUGGAUGAGAUCUUGAUCAAUCACUCAGAAAUAGUCUUCGCUCGCACCUCACCCCAGCAGAAACUGAUUAUAGUGGAGGGCUGCCAAAGGCAGGAUGCAGUUGUUGCGGUGACUGGAGAUGGAGUCAAUGACUCCCCAGCUCUGAAAAAGGCAGAUAUUGGAAUUGCUAUGGGUAUCGCCGGCUCCGACGCAGCUAAAAACGCAGCUGACAUGAUCUUGCUGGAUGAUAACUUUGCUUCUAUUGUCACAGGAGUGGAGGAAGGCCGCUUGAUCUUUGAUAACCUAAAGAAAACCAUCGCCUACACCCUGACCAAGAAUAUUGCCGAGCUCUGUCCCUUCCUGAUCUACAUUAUCGCCAGCAUCCCACUGCCUAUUGGCACAAUCACUAUUCUGUUCAUCGACCUGGGCACAGACAUCAUUCCCUCUGUCGCGUUAGCCUAUGAGAAAGCUGAAAGUGACAUUAUGAACAGGAGACCCCGGCACAAGAAGAAGGACAGGCUGGUGAACGAGCAGCUCGCUGUGUACUCCUAUUUGCAGAUUGGGAUCCUACAGUCGAUUGGAGCCUUCCUGGCCUAUUUUACCGUGUAUGCUGAACAGGGCUGGCUUCCUAACACACUGCUCGGCUUACGUGUCAAUUGGGAAGAUGAUUACUAUAAUGACAUAGAGGACAGCUAUGGGCAAGAAUGGACUAGAUACCAACGGACAUAUCUGCAGUGGAGUGGCUACACUGCCUUUUUUGUCAGCAUCACAAUUCAGCAAGUGGCAGAUCUGAUCAUCAGGAAAACAAGGAGGAAUUCCAUUUUCCAGCAAGGUCUUCUUAGGAAUAAAGUCAUCUGGGUGGGUAUAUUCUCCCAGAUAGCAAUCGCUCUGAUUCUCUGUUAUGGUCUCGGAAGUGUUACUGCCUUGAACUUCACGCCCCUUCGGGUUCAGUAUUGGUUUGUGGCCAUGCCUUAUGCCAUCUUGAUAUGGGUCUAUGAUGAAAUCCGCAAGCUUUUCAUCAGGCAAUACCCAGGAAGUUGGUGGGACAAGAACAUGUAUUACUGAAACAGCCGUCAUCACUGUUCUCCUUUCUCCCUGCUGGAGAGUUCUUUAAUUGUCUCAACCGGCCUCUGCUGCUGAAUGGUCCUGUCUGUGCAAUAUAAAAUAACCACAGGGGUUGCCCUCAUCAUGAAGAAACAAGGACUUACAAGGCUGAAAAACCACCUUACACUGUACUGUAAAGCUUAGACUUGGCUAAAAAUUUAAAUGCAAUCUAUUUUUUUAUAAAUACUUUUUUUUCCUGUUUAAAGUGUAUAAAGUUAAUGGAAAAAAACCUCUUAUGUAUAUAGACAUUAAGGAAAUCACACAUUUGUAACUUAAGGCAUUGACUUGCACUAGGUUUGUUCAAGCUGUUUUAUUUGUUUGCUGUUUUGGUGCAAUUGAACUGUGAGCAAGUGCAUAUGCAGAUCUGAGUUAUGUCACCAAGGAUGACUAGACUGUAUAGGCACAAUUUGAUAAUAA